CCUAAGAUGGUCACCAUCAGAGGUCUAGCCACCAUAGCGGUAUUCCUCCUGGUCGCACUAUCCACGUCCCACAUUGCCUCCUCCCUUCGCCCCGGCACCCUCGGUGUCUGCCGUGCCAGUGGCUAUCUUCCGGGCAAGGCAGGCCACUGCGAGAAGAGCAAUGAUCCAGAGUGCUGCGAGGACGGUAAGAGGUACCCACAGUACCACUGCUCGCCACCAGUCACCGCGACUAUAAAGGCUGUGCUAACACUUAACAGCUUCGAGAAAGGUAAGGAUGGUGGAGGUCCAUCGGAGUGUGAUAACUCCUACCACAGCGACAAGGAACUAGUCGUCGCGCUAUCCACCGGUUGGUUCGAGAACAUGGCACGGUGCGGCCACCGCAUCAAGAUCACCGCUAACGGCAAGUCUGUGUAUGCUAAGGUGGUGGACGAGUGUGACUCCGUGUACGGCUGUGACGAUGAGCACAACUAUGAGCCACCAUGUGCCAACAACAUCGUCGACGCGUCGCCAGCGGUGUGGAAUGCCCUCGGGCUCGAUCAGAAUGUCGGUAUGGAGGAUAUCACCUGGUCACAAGCGUAA